UAAGAGCAUCUAAAUAGCAUUAGAACGAUAUAGCACGCGUGAUUUAAAAGCAAUUGAAAUAUUUUUGAUAGAAUGAAUUUGACGAUUAAUGAUUAAUUAUGGUCAUAACAGCUGGUCGUUUCUUUAAAAUGUCGGAGGAAAAAAAGACAACUACCCCAAAACCACCAUCAGCAUUUUGUGUUGAAAUCAACCCAAUAACCUUCAACAUGAAGGUACAUUUAAAAACAGUUAUAUCAAAGACAUUUUUAUGUAGAAAAAAUUACGUGGAGCCAUUUGACGCUCUCUAGACGCGCACGUGGGAGUGCGCUGCGCGUACUCGCAGUUUUCUACAUGCACGAGCUGCAUCGUCUGUGACAAUCGCCGCUCAUCGUUCCGACCAAACACAGGCGAGGAUAAAAUCACACGGAACAAGAUGUCAGGGAUGAACCAGGUGGUCGCGACGUGCUGGACCUGCCUGCUGCUCUCUGCUUUCCUCUGUGAGCCCGUGCUGUCCAAGGGCGGUCGUGGAGGCUCCCGGGGCUCCUCUCGAGGUUCCCACUCCCGGAGCCCCAAAGCCGGAGGUUACCGAGGAGGAGGCCCCCACAACGGCGGGACCCGGGGCUCUCGCUACCGGGGCCGGUCGUCCCCCGUGAGGGUGGCGAGUGCGGCGGCGGCAGGAGCAGCAGUGGCAUUAACGGCCGAUAAAUGGUACGCGUCUGCCUACAGGCGCAGCAAGGCCGACGGCUCAGACGAAGAGCUGGAUUACUACAACAGGACCAACUACUUUGAUGCACAAAUGUCAAGCUCAACACAAAAUGGAUCUUCUCUCUCUCAGCUGGUUUCUAUCAUUAUUGCAACAUUUUCCCCCAAAUAUGGACUUUUAAUGGACAGUAUACUGUAGAUGUUUCUGCUUAUUUUUCUAGGAUGAAUUAGUGGUUGAUUCUAGGGUUGUGUUUCUGUGCUGUGUAAUGUGCAGGACUGGCAUGAAAGCUGCACUGGAGAGACACAAUCAUUACAAAAACACAUAAUCGCAAAAUGUGUGCAUCGGACAGAUAUUGGGUUUGAGCUUCAGAACAAUUCAAAGUGUAAUCAAAGCAGAAGCUGCCAAUGAUAACAGCACUGGCUAACUUUAUUGAACAAUCUUCAAAAAGAGCGCAAAAGGUGAAUGACCAGAAUCACAGCUCAGUAAGACAGCAGUAAAUCAUGUGUAAAUAUUAUUAGACUUGGGUCGAAGCAUAAAGCCUAGACUUGCAGCAGUUUAUGCAACACUGAAGUCAUUCCAUAAAGUUCUCUAUCAGUCGAAGCACCUGGUGGUAUUUACAUUAUCCUGCAGCGGAAAUCAACCCUGCUGUCGUUUUUAGUUUUUGUUGAAAAAAGGAAAUCGCAAUUUGUAACCCGAGCCAAUGUGUUUUCUCUUAUGACUGGAUGUAUUGCAAGUAUCUAUUUAUAGAGGUAGUCAAGUACAUGUCAUUUAUGUAACCUGUUCUCACGAAUCACAAAAUAACCUCAGGGGGACUUUUACAAAUCAGGACACCACACCCUCGGCCCCUUUUGAUUGACCAAAAGAAGAGGGGAAAUCAGAGAAUUAUCCAUGUGUCACUCGCAUCUCAAAUGUCAGUGCAAUUCAUGCCCUUUUAUAAAAACCUGCCAUUUAGAAAAUGAAUUUCUCAGACGGUCUUUGCUGGGAGGGACGCUAGCAAUCAAACUGCUGCUGUCAAGGUUAUUCGUGUCUCUGAUGGUCUGGCCCUCAUUCCAGAGGAGCUUCUCGCCUGCUGUAAUCACUCAGGAGCAACAGACUGUUCCAUUUCAAUAAGUGCACUCGAUCUAGAAUAUUUGUUUCCACUGUCUUUGCUGAUAAAUAUACUGUUUACACCA